AUGUGGUUCAAGACGGCGAUCGUGCUUCUCGCCGCUUGCGCCCUUCCAUCGUCGGCCGUCUUCGUUGAUGAGGUUGACUAUCUCGAUUUCCAUCAUGCCCUCCUUGGAACCCCGUCCCCACAAUCGACUUUCUUCCACCAGCCCUCAUCGUCAUCAAACGCAUCGUUAUUAUAUACUUUAUCUGAGAAAUCGAUUAUAGGAGCUGUUAAUCCCAGGGAUGGAGCAAUUGUGUGGAGACAGGACUUGACGCAGCUGGGUUCGACACAGAGCGUUGAGAGCUUUCUCCGUGCUAGCAACGGAGAAGCUACAGUUGUCAGUGCGAUUGGUGAGAAAGUCGCCGCUUGGGGUGCAUCAAAUGGAAAGUUACAUUGGGAAAGGAAAAUAUCAGGUGGAGUUGUGAAGGACCUGGAAUUGCUAGAGCUGGAAGAUGGGCGCACGAACAACCAUGCGCGGGACGUAAUUGUUCUAUCUGAGGGUAAAGGAGGACUUGUUCAGAGACUCGACGCGACGACCGGAACAGUCAAGUGGGAGUUUAAGGAUGAAAGCGGCGAUGUGCCAUUUCAGGUAUCCUCCUCAGCGACGGAAGUCUUCUACAUCUCUCUACAGUCUGCUCUUCUCAAAGGCUACAAGAUCAAAGUAACCACCUUGGAUACGCAAACAGGAAAGCAGAAAAGCCAGCUCACACUUGCUUCCGAAAAUGACGUGUCUGGACCCGAAUCCGUUCUCCUAGUCGGCUCGAACACCGCUUCACCUUUUAUUGCAUGGGCCGACAAGUCUAACAAAACAUUGAAAGUCAACAUCAUCGGCUCAAAGAAUGUCAUCAAUCUUGAGAUUGAGAACACGAGUAACGAAGAGAUUCGCGGAAUCAAGAUCUACGGACCGACUGGUCUUAACUGUCUCCCACACUUCUUGGUCGCCUGCGAAACGGACUCGUCGUCGUGGGCCGAGGUCUACCAUAUCGACCUUCAGACUUUUUCAAUCUCGCAAGCCUAUCGACUUCCACGCAUCUCAGGAAAGUCUGUUUUCUCUGCAAGCCACAGAGCCGGAAACGUCUUCUUUACUCGGAUCACUGAAACAGAAAUCUCUGUUUAUUCGUCAACCUCUCAUGGAAUUCUUGGCCGAUGGCCGUUCACAAAGAGUGGACACGGAAGUCCAAUCAGCGCUAUAGCAGAGGUCAUCAAUAAAGGUGACUCGGCAGCUGUACGUUUUGCUUAUGUUUUGGACUCAGGAGAUUGGCAAUUGAACCGAAAUGGCGGAAAUGAAUGGACUCGACACGAAUCGCUUUCGGGUGCUGUUGCUGCUGCAUGGGUUGAACCCAAUAUCAGCGAGGACCUUGUUCACGAGCUCGAACUGGAAGGUCACGAAGAUGUCUUGAGUGCCUAUAUUCACCGAGUGAAGCGCCACGUUAGAGAUCUCGAACACCUGCCUGCAUACCUUCAAGAGCUACCACAGCGUAUCUUUUCCAGCUUUUUGGCUGCCGAGGCUACUAACUUGGAUAGUUUUGGGCUGAGGAAAUUGGUUAUUAUGGCUACUGAGAAAGGAAGAGCCAUCGCCGUCGACACUGGAAACCACGGCGCCGUGGUCUGGAAUGUUAAAGUCGUCGACACUCCCGACUGGAAGGUCAAAGCUAUCAAGUCUGACUUGGGCACUGUUACUAUUUAUGUCGAGGACGGAAGUACUGUCUCUCUCAAUGUGACAUCUGGCAGUAUCGUCUCCCAGAAGCCUUCUGGCGCACUUGUUCGUUCUGUCGCUGUUGUUCCCACCGAGGCAGGCAUAAACGCUGUGGCCGUUCCUAUCGCAGAGGAUGGAACGCCUCUUCAAUCACUUCAAGAGGCAGGAUAUUUAGUGACUUUGAGCGAAGACGGUCGUGUCCUUGGAUGGGAUCUAUCGAAUAACAAAGUUCCUGUCUGGCAAUUCCUGCCACCUGCAGGAGAGCGAGUCAUCUCGGCAACAUCUCGACCAGCUCACGACCCCGUUGCAUCUAUUGGCAAAGUUCUUGGAGAUCGCUCAGUUCUUUACAAAUACCUCAACCAAAAUCUUGCUCUUAUAACCUCCAUUGGCCCGAACAUAGCGACUUUUUAUCUGCUGGAUUCAGUCUCAGGCCAAGUCCUUCACUCAAGCACGCAUACAGGUGUAGACGUCACUCAACCUAUCACAUCGAUCAUUUCAGAGAACUGGUUCGCCUACUCACUCUGGGCUGAUUUGAGUAAUGAAUCUGAAUCCAAGGGCUAUCAGCUCAUCGUCUCUGAACUCUACGAAUCUCCUCUCCCCAACGAUCGUGGCCCACUAGGCGCAGCAGCAAACUACUCCAGUCUCGAUGGAACCGAUACGUACCCCAAACCCUACGUCGUGUCUCAGGCAUUCAUCAUCCCUGAACCCAUCUCCCAUCUUGCCGUCACCCAAACCCGCCAGGGAAUUACAAUCCGUCAACUCCUCUGUACCCUUCCCGAAUCCAACGCCAUCGUCGGCAUCCCACACCACGUCCUCGACCCACGUCGACCAGUCGGCCGUGACCCAACGCCCGCCGAAGUCGAAGAAGGUCUUUUCAAAUACUCCCCCAACCUCGAAUUCGAUGGUCGUUGGUACAUAACCCAUUCCCGCGACGUGGCCGGUAUCCGCGCCGUCAUUGUUUCGCCCACUCUACUGGAAAGUACAGGCUUGGUGUUUGCCUUUGGAGGCGAUGUGUUUGGUAGCAGGGUUGCGCCCAGUCAGGCUUUUGAUAUUUUGGGUAGAAGUUUUGCCAAAUUGCAGCUUUUGGGGACGGUGGUUGCCCUUGCUGUUGGUGUGUGGUUUUUGGCUCCGAUAGCUCGGAGAAAGCAAAUUAACCUACUUUGGAAGAGGUAG